UGUUACAGUUGCGGCGAACAACAACAGCAAAGUGUCACAAAAUGUGUUAUUCCAAUCAAAAACAUCGAAUUUUGUUCAUUUUCUUCGGGAAAAAAUCGAGAAGAAAACAAAAAGACUGCAAUACAAUAGAAGGCAGCACGGCGAAAAUCGCAUUUAACUUGCGAUAUAUGAAUUAUUGCAGAAGUAGUCAAUUAUUCGCCGUCGAAUGUGGAUAUUCUCGAUUUGCUAUACCAUUAAAGUGCGCCGGGACAAUUAAUCCAGCCCUCCUGUAUAAAAUAUCUAAAAUUUUUAUAAUCCAGUAGAACACGUAGACAUAAAUUUUAUUAUCAAAUUGUGGUAGAAGUGGUAUUUCAGACGAAAAUUUGCGCGGUACCAAACUGUGAUAUAAAAAGAAUAAGGGCGACUAAGCGAGCCAACCUCAUGUGAAAAAAGCGGAAUAUUCGCAGUGAAAAAAUGAGUUCUGUGAUUGUGUUGGACUCCUCGGAUGAAGAAGAGGUGCCAGCGAAAAAGGCUUUCAUUGCACCUUCAAUACCAGCAACAAUAACCCCCAUUAAAGGAAAUGCGGGCGCAAAUCAAACGAAGAUGAAAAAAACAAAACCACGUCCAAUUCCAAGCGGCAUAACAAUCACGCGUCGUAGUCCUGUUAAUGUAUCCACAAGCGGUCCAACCACGAGUAGUUCUAAUACAUCUAACAGCGGUAUUUUUUCCAUAAGCCCGAUUGAUGAUGCGAAAACAGCGACUAUAUCAGCGGCCACCUUAGCAGCUACAACUAAACUAAAUUCAUUAAUGGCUAAGACGACUGCAACAAACUUAAUAAAAGUAAAUUCAGUGACAACUUUAAAUAAUGCGAAGGAAAGGCAAACGUCCACACCACCAAGAUAUCUUGCACAGCAGACAAUCCAAAAAGUCCAACAAACGCAGCAAAUAGCGACAACAACAAACAAGCAGCUACAACAGAAGCCAUUGCCACAGAUGCAACAAUUACAACAAGGUUUACCUUUGUUAUCGCAGUUGCCACAACUGCAACCUUCGCCAUCGGUCUUACGAAAACGUUUGUCCCACACAGCAUCACCCACAACACAUUUACAACAGCAGCAACAGCAACAGCAGCAACAACAGCCACAGCCACCGAAACUGCAAAAGUCAAAGCAGCAGCUGAAUCCGCCUAAGUUACAACAACAACAACACAAACAACAACAACAACAACAGCAACAUCAACAGAAGUCGCCAUCCUUAGCACUUGACACACAAGCACGCAAACUAAAUACACCACCUGCCACAAUGACAGCCAUCGGCACCGUUAGUAAUAUCUCAACAACGUCCACCGCCACACUGCUGCCAAUGAUCUCAUCGGUGCAGUCGAUGGCAGCAAGCGCAACACCGCCACUGCAAUUGUUGGCCACACCGCCACAUAGUGCGGCCACCACAUUCAGCGAUCAGCAAUUAUUCAGUCCAAAAUUAAUGCACACCACAUGCAGUUUGCCACCUUCGACUACGGUAACAGCGGCGCGAACACAAGUCGCCAACAGCAUUAAUGCCAAUUACAAUAGCAAUAGUAAUACUGGUGGUAGUGUUGGUUACAUCAAUAAUAAUAAUAAUAAAAAUUUUAAUAAUAAUUUCAAAAUAAUGUUACCACCAAAAAGUAGCAAUAGCAACAACAUUGCUGGCUCAAAUCCAGCAACAUCAAUGACACCCACGCCACCAUCGACACCAACACUGGCUACACCAGUAGCAUUACAACAAGCAAACACCGGACCGCGCAUAGCUUAUGUGAAUAGUCUUGCAACGCAAAUCAGCAGUGCUGCUAAUAAAACAAAUAACGGUAAAAAUUUGGGAAAUUUCACCAGCAAAUCGAAAACUUCAUCAUCAACAGCGUCUAUAGUGCCCAUAGCAAUCACUGCAGCAGCACAAGCAUUGCCAUCAUUGGCUAUGACACCACCCGCAACGCCAGCAUCAACCGCUGCAACAUCAGCGAGUGCGACAACGAAUCCAUUACUCGGUGUACGUCGCGUCAAGCCAACAACAUUGUUGCGUAAAAAUGAUGAAGCUUGGCAGAAGCGCACAACCACGCCAACAACAGCAAUAACAAGUGCGAAAAAAUACAAUGAUGACGAUUUAGUAUUAGAACUACUGCCACAUGACAGUGAUAAUGCCAGAACACAGUCGCGCAGUUUUACAAAGGCCCAACAGCCAGCCAUGCAAAGUUUAAAAACAACAGAUACAAAACUAAGCAACAAACUCUCAAAUGUGUAUACUAAAAAGCCAGCAAGCAAUAAACCCGCCUAUCCGUUGAAAAUUGAUUUGACGGCGUCGCCUGAGAAGACUACUCCUAGUCGACGUGUAGAAACUAUAACAAUUUCACCAACAACGUCGCCCACAUCAGCAACAAUGGCGAAGAAUAAAUCCGUUGGUGAGUCGGUUGUGUCAAACGGCGUCGGUACGGUGCAGCCACCUAAAUGUAACACACCGACUGGUAGUGAAAAAAGUAAGCCUACGGAAGAGCGUCUACCGCUAACAAGUGAUUAUGAGGAGCUGCUCAAAGCCUGUCGAGAAGCGGACGCAUCGCCAGAUAUGGAGAAACUUGUCAAAACAAAACUAGUAAAAUAUUAUUAUAAUGUACACCCGGAUUUUGUACGUUCCAAAGGUUUUGGCAAGAGCCUCCGUACGGUUAUAACAAAUAUACGAAAGGAGCCAGAUUUGGUUUAUCUACACUUAAAGACAAUAGUUGACGAAUUGAAAGUGCGUAGCAAGAAUAAGGACGUUGCGCCGGUCGCGCUGGUGAAGACAGAGGAGGAAGAGGGGGUGGAAAAAGAGAAAGAGAAAACGGAUAGUAGCACAAGUGUAGAGAAAGAUAAAGAUAAAGAGAAAGUUAAAGAUAAGGAUAAGGAAAAGGACAAAGCGCAAAGUGCAGUUAGUGGCAGCAGUAGUGGACCAAUUGAAGACAUUAGCACCAGUACUGGUAAUAAACAUACCGACGAGCAGAUUAAGAAGCUAAACAAAGCGUUAUAUAUACUUACAAAGCGCAUUGAGGUGUUAGAGUCCGCCGAGGUGGAUUGGGAUGAUGAGGAUUCGAGUUAUUUGCAAGUGGAGCGUUUUAAGAAACGCGCUUGUCAGAUAUAUGAGAAAAUAUGUGAUCUUACCGGUGAGAGCAAGAAUGCGCAUCGUUUGGUUAAGAAACCAAUACAUUUCAAUGGCACUACAUACACCCAAUUCAAUAAGACACUGCAGGCGUUCAUCAAUCGUACGCGUGAAUUUCCCGACUACUUUGACGUGUUGCGCAUGUUAGAACACUGUAAUCGCCAGUAUGAUUAUGCUUUAGCGAGUUUCGAAAUAAAACGCAUCGCGCACGAUGCGUUCAUGAAGGUUGGCAAAUUGUUGCAGUCGCGUCGUAAGACUGAUCUCUACGAGACCGUUACACAUUUCACGGCACACGAAAAGGAUCCUGCCGCUGUGGACGCUGAGUUGCUCGCAAAACUAAGCGAAAAUCAAAAGAAGCGGACACGCAUCAGUGACGUGAUUGAAAAAUACGCACGUGAACAAGAUAUGGCUAGGGAGGAGUUAAAGGAAGCACGUCAAGCGAAAGUUGCAAAACUUUCAAAGAGUGAAGAUGACGAAGCGGAUGACGACACACUUGAUGCGGUGGCCAGCACUAGUGCGCAUGCGGCGAAAGCUGCAGAAUUAAAGAAAAGCCGACAUAAAACAGAAAAUGGCAAAACUACGGUAGGCAACGAGAACGAUGUCUUGUUAGAUGAUGACGAUGAAGAUGAGGAUGACGAAGAGGAAGACGAUGAUGAGCAAGUGAAUGGCAGUGAUUUAGAUGCCGAUGUGGAAAAGUUAGCUAAUGGUGAGCUCUCAGACGUCGAAUCCGAUACGGAAAUUGUUAACAACAAACAAGCUACAGGUGACGUAAUUACAAAGGUUGCGAGUCGUAAAGAAGAGGAGGAAUCAAUAGCACAAAAGAACACGCAUCACAAAACGUCAACAACUGAUACAGCUACUGACAGUGCUAGUGAUAGCGCAACAACGAAAACUGAAUCCAAAUCAGUUAAUAUUGCCACAAAUUCACAUCCAGUUGUUACGCCUAACGCAAGUAAACAAACUGCAGCAGCACCUACGCCAGCUAAACUACCCGUUAAUAACAAUGCAAUGAGAGAAAAGACUGCCGUGCCAUUAGCUAACGAAGCGCCAAAGUUAAGAACAGUGGACAUGAGUAAAUUAACCAACGUAACCGCCACGGAAACAACAACGGUAGCGAACGGUUGUGCAAAGCCGGUAACAGCUCAGAGUGGUAAUAAUAAGCCGCCACCACCACAACAACAAACAACAGCAACUCAAGCAACAGGUUUAAAAAUAGUUUCCGUCUCAAGCAUAAAAAACGUGGAAAUUGUGGAUAAUAAAAGUCAAAGUAAUUUAGUUAAUCCACAAAGUAAUCAAGCAAAAAUACAAAAACCGCCGAAUGAGUUGAAAAGACAACGCACAGUUGCAGAAAUUGUCAUAUCCGAUGAGGAGUCGUAGUUAUGGCUGCAAGCGUUGCAGCAAUUUUCGCUGUACACAAGCAAAUAAUAUUUUAAAUACAUACAUAUAUAUGUACUUAUGUAUGCAAAGCUAUUACAUAUUAAUUUUGAGGUGAAAUUAAUUAAGUUUUUAUUUGUUUUCUGCUGAAUGAGCGCAAUAAUUUUGAACUGUGUUAGAAAUCUACUUAAAGACAGUUUAUCAACAAAAAAUAAAAAAAAGAAAAUUCAGCAUAAAGAAUUGAUGCUGAUUAAAAAUUAAAACACGUAUACACUACUUAUGUCAAGAAGUUGACGUUUAGUUAUUUAUUUAUUUUUUUUUUAAUUAUAUAAACUCUAAUUCUAAUAUAUAUAAAUUUUCAAAUUGUUGUUAUUGCCAUCGCAAACGGAAAACUUCUCGUUUUCUUUUUUAUACUUUACCACAAUGAGUUGUAAAUUUUGAAGCCUCAGCCCAGUAUGAUUACUAAAAAUUUCAUUGUAAAUAAGUAUACUAUUAAGCGCAUAAGCAUACAUAUUCAAUAUGUACACUUUCGUUUCAAACAUUUCGAGAAGAUAUUCUUCAUUCAUUCAUUAUUGGCUUAUAUUAAAGUAUUUUUUAAGAUAAUUACGUGGUAGACUAAAAAAAAUAUAUAUGAAAUAGUCACUCUUGCAAUGUUCGAUAUUGCAUUUGGUAUUACGCUUAUUAAUACAUACAUACAUACAUAUGUGUGUUUAAACGUAUACUAGGGAGCAACUCCCAUUAAUCUAUAUAAGAAAACUAAACAACAAAAUACUUUUGAAUAAUUAUAAAUAGCUAACUAUGUAUGUAUGUAUAAAACCGAAUUUUUUUUUUUUUUUUUGGAAAAAUGUAGAAAAAAUCAUUAGUUUUAAGCAAUCACUACUGGGUCACAAUUCUUCAUUUAACUGUAAAUUGUAAAUCAAUAUAGAAAUUUAAGUAUUAUAACUGAAAAAUUAGAAGUAUAUGUAUAUACAUACGUAUAUAUUUAAGUAUAGCAAAACAUUCAAUAGCUAUGCGGUGCAGGUGAUACAUAUGUAUGUAAAUGCAUGCAUUAAUUAAUUGUGUUCUCUAUGUCUACAUGCACAUACAUACAUACAUAUGCGUACCUACUACAUACAUAUAUAUGUACAUACUUACAAAUUAUUUUUACGUCAAAUAUAUAAAUUAUCAUAUAUUUAAUUAUUAUACUUUAAUAUGUCUAACAUACUUAUACACGCAUAUUAGUUAUGUAUAAAUAAUGUGUGUAUUCAAAUUUGUACGCACUUACAUACAUACAUAUAUUUUUUAAAAAUCUUUAGGCCUAAGCACAUUUAAUCGUCUGCGUAAUUAUUUCAAAAACAAAAAAAAAA